UUCAAAAAAUGUAAUUUAAAAAUCGUGACCUAAGAAAGAGCCUUCAGGUGUACAAUACAGCACAUCCCAUCAUCAGGUAGAAUCAAAAGAGCCUUCAGGAGUACAAUACAGCACAUCCCAUCAUCAGGUAGAAUCAAAAGAGCCUUCAGGAGAACAAUACAGCACAUCCCAGCAUCAGGUAGAAUCAAAAGAGCCUUCAGGAGUACAAUACAGCACAUCCCAUCAUCAGGUAGAAUCAAAAGAGCCUUCAGGAGUACAGUACAGCACAUCCCAUCAUCAGGUAGAAUCAAAAGAGCCUUCAGGAGUACAAUACAGCACAUCCCAUCAUCAGGUAGAAUCAAAAGAGCCUUCAGGAGUACAAUACAGCACAUCCCAUCAUCAGGUAGAAUCAAAAGAGCCUUCAGGAGAAUACAGAAAAUCCCAUCAUCAGGUAGAAUCAAAAGAGCCUUCAGGAGUACAAUACAGCACAUCCCAUCAUCAGGUAGAAUCAAAAGGUUGAGUUGCUGUUUUCCAAAAUACGACAGUCCAGGGAAAGGUGAAUAUAGACACCCAACUAUUUAUUUGUCAAAUAACAAUAAUAUACAUCCAUAACAAACAAAAUAAUACAGCAGGCAAGUAAACACAAAUCAGAUCCCAUUGUUAUGUGGUUUUCCUUAUCUAGUUUGACAUUUCUUUCUUACUGCAGCGGUGUCAUUAGCAUGUCUCAGAAGGAUCCCUGUCAGAAGCAAGCCUGUGAAAUCCAGAAGUGCUUACAGGCUAACAAGUACAUAGAGAGCAAGUGUGAGGAUGUGAUCAGAGCAAUGCGGAGGUGCUGUGAGGUGCACACUGCUCAGAGAUCAAUCUGCUGCUCAGGGUUUGUGAAGGAACAGGAAGACACCAUCAAGAACACGUGACCUCAAUCACUGAAACCCGUCACUUCCAAUAACACUUGAGAUGGCUGCACUGUGUUAAGAUAUUGUAGAGUUCAAUAAAUGAUGUAGAAUAGUA